AUGCUUCCUCGCGUAGUCCUCCUUGCAGGCUUCCUCCACCACGCCUAUGCCUUCUCAAUACCGCGUCUCCCUCCGCUGAGUACUUUCGUUGGCGCCAGUCGAACACAAACACAGCAACAACCACUGCAAGACACGUUCGAUGCGUGGAUCGAGAAGGAAGAGCGCAUAGCUCUGGACAAACUCCUGGCAAACGUCGCACCCGGUGGCAGCAAUGUUCAAGGGAAGGGCGUAGCGGAUGGCACGGUUGUUGCGAGUCCGAGUCAGGAUGGACCAGAUUACUGGUUUCAGUGGGUUCGCGAUGCUGCCAUCACUAUGAACACCCUCGUAGAUGUCUACACCGACGAACCGUCCUCUUCUCGCGGGUCCGUACUCUCUACCAUCCUCGACGCGUAUACCUCCCUCUCGAGCGAUAUCCAGCAUACCUCAAACCCUUCCGGUACCUUUGACGAUCUCUCUGGGCUUGGUGAACCUAAGUUUCACGUAGACGGAACACCGUUUACUGGCUCAUGGGGACGCCCUCAGCGGGAUGGCCCAGCCCUGCGUGCGCUGACGCUCAUGCACUAUCUACGCGAAUACAAUGCUUCACACCCUUUGCUCUGGAGCUCGGAAUCAGCUGAGGACUUCUUCCGGCCAUACUACGCCGUCGAGAUGCCUCCACGCAGUGUCAUCAAGGCCGACCUGGAGUACGUCAGCCACUUCUGGAACCAGUCGAGCUUCGAUCUCUGGGAGGAAGUUGAGGGUCUGCACUUUUUCAACUUGAUGGUCAGCGCAAGAAGUUUGAGGGAAGGUGCCAACCUUGCAAGGACAUUCGGAGACGUGGGUGCGGCGGCCUGGUACGAGGAGCAAGCUGGGUACAUCGAGGCUUUCCUCGGCAAGUUCUGGGAUGCACAGAAAGGCCAUCUUGUUGAGACACUGUCAAGCCAGCGCAGCGGAUUGGACUGUGGGUUGCUCCUUGGCUCGCUCCACGCUCUACCCGCAGGCGAUUCCGAAAGUGAUGUUGUAUAUCCACCAUGGUCUGACGAGAUGCUCAUGUCGCUUCUGGCUCUGACUCGCGACCAACGCGAUCGCUUCCCGAUCAAUAGCAGCCCUUCCAACGACGAUCAGGAUGACGACAUGGAAGAAGAUCCUUUUGAAGGCACUGGCCUUGGUCGAUACCCCGAGGAUGUUUACGACGGAUACGGCACCUCUAACCGUGGUGGCAAUCCCUGGUUCUUGUGCACUUCGUCAGCCGCUGAGGUCCUCUACCGCACCGCAGCACACAUUUCGGUCGCCGGCAACCUAACCAUCUCUAACACCGGUCUACCAUUCUUCGAAGCUCUCCUCGCAACUUCUUCCCUCUUUGUUGAUGUUGGUACCUACGGUGAUUCCGAUGCGCUCUUCCACUCCGUUAUUGAGCGCCUGCACACCACUGCCGACCAAUUCCUCGAGGUCAUCAAGACGCACGUUGAUGAUGAGGGAAGUAUGAGUGAGCAGUUCGACCGCGUGACGGGCUACAUGAGGGGAGCCAACGAUCUGACCUGGAGCUACGGAGCAUUCUUACAAGCGGUCCGAGCGAGGAAGGUGUCCAUGAACCUAUGA